CCAGCCUUAUACACCCUAUCUGAGACUCUCUCUCUCUGUGUGUGUGUGUGUGUGUGUGUGUGAGAGAGAGAGACAGCAACUAUCUUGGGCUCUCAGUUAAUUGGUAACCAGAGUUUUUGAAAACUGGAAGAGUUUUGAACACGAUCGUAGAUCAUGUCUGUAUUCGAUGACAGUGAGGCAGUAGACAGCAUGUACGACACAGAGCCCAAUCUCGUGACCGGCGAAAGCGCAGAAGAGGAGACAGAAGACAGCAUCAUGUCCCCCAUUGCGGUGGGGCCCACGUCCCCUCAGCCCUGCAAUGAGGACUUCACUCCUAAAGAGGGCUCACCCUACGAGGUGCCCGUCUACAUUCCCGACGAUAUUCCCAUCCCUGCCGACCUGGAGCUCCGUGAGUCGUCCGUUCCAGGGGCUGGCCUAGGAAUCUGGGCCAAAGUCAAAAUUCACAUGGGAGAACGCUUCGGACCAUACAACGGACUGCAGAGCGCCACGGUGAAAGAGACCACUUAUGGAUGGGAGCAAAUGCUGAAUGAUCAUGAAACGUCGUCUCAAGACAGCUGUAUUAAAAAGGUAAUGGACAACAUGGGUAAUGUGAAGUUCUGUCUGGACGGGACUCUGGAGGGGAGCUGGCUCAAAUACGUGCGCACUGCCCCGUCCCAUGAAGAGCACAACCUGGCCAUAUGCCACAUCAGCGAAGAUCAGAUCUAUUAUAAAGCUAUUAGAGAUAUUGAAAUAGGGGAGGAGUUACUGGUUUACAUGAAGGACGGAGUUUUCCCCGAGGGCUCAAUGGCACCGAACCUGGAAGAUGAGCAGAUGUAUCGCUGUGAACACUGUGAUGAGCUCUUCACAUCAAAGCUGGAGUUACGGCGGCAUCAGAAAUACUCCUGCAGUAGCAGCAACUCUAUCUUUGACUCACUAAGCGAAGACUUCAAACAGGAGCGCGAAGACAGCGAUGAGCCGGUGCACGAGUGCAAAGACUGUGAAAAAAUCUUCCCUAGCGAGUACAGUCUCGGGCAGCAUAUGAUCGUACACACAGAGGAGAGAGAGUAUAAGUGUGACCAGUGCCCCAAAGCUUUCAACUGGAAAUCCAACCUCAUUCGCCAUCAGAUGUCACAUGACAGUGGCAAGCGCUUUGAGUGUGAAAACUGUGAUAAGGUGUUCACAGACCCCAGCAACCUCCAGCGCCACAUCCGCUCUCAGCACGUCGGUGCCCGAGCCCACACCUGCCCUGAGUGUGGCAAGACCUUUGCCACCUCCUCGGGCCUCAAGCAGCACAAGCACAUACACAGCAGUGUCAAGCCUUUCAUCUGUAAGUCUGAGCAGUCUUGUCUAAGCCUCAGAUACAAUUACCAGUGUCCAAAGACCUCCCGGCUAGCUCCACCCCAAGAUUGUGACAGCUGUUGUUUUAUAGGUGAGGUGUGUCACAAAUCGUAUACCCAGUUCUCUAACCUGUGCCGUCACAAACGGAUGCAUGCAGACUGCCGCACCCAGAUCAAGUGUAAAGACUGUGGGCAAAUGUUCAGCACUACCUCCUCCCUCAACAAGCAUCGGCGCUUUUGCGAGGGCAAGAACCAUUAUAAUCCCGGAGGCAUAUUCACACCGGGCAUACCAAUGACAUCCAGUCACAUUUUAGGCAAGUCCAAGUCUCAUCCUGGCUUGAACCAUAGUGGACUUGGCUUCGGGGAUUACUUCCCAUCCAGGCCGCAUCAUGCAGGUUUGCCCUUUUCCCCAGCACCCCCUGCAUUCCCAGCCCUUUCCCAUGGCUUCCCAGGCAUCUUUCCCCCAUCGCUAUAUCCUAGACCGCCAUUGUUACCUCCUAGUCCACUGCUCAAGAGCCCAAUUAGUAACUGUCAAGAUGGGAAGCUGACUCCUCUUGAUGCUCCUACUCUUUCUGCCAUCCCAUCCAUGAACAACAGCAAUGGCAAUGUAGGGAGCGGUCUCAGCAGCCAGUCAGAGGAGAAUCGAGAGUCCAAACUGGACUUGUCGUUCCACGACAACAAGAAUAAAGUGAAGAUGAAUGACAUGUCUGAUGGUAGUGACUUGGAAGAUGUUAACACGUCUAGCGGCACAGAUCUAGACACCACCACUGGCACCGUGUCUGGCUCAGAUCUAGAAAGUGAGGCAGAAAGUGAACGGGAGAAGAGCAGGAGGAAACCAGUGCAGGAGAGCAAGCAGGACGAAGUGAGCAGCAGUUCGGUAUCUGUCUCCAGUUCAGGGAACCUCCCUUGCGAGCGUCCUUUCCUCUCCUCCCAGCAUUCCUUUUUCCCACCGCCAGAGGAGCAAGCACUUCCACCCUCCGGGGCCACCACUGACUCCAUUAAAGCCAUUGCCUCCAUUGCAGAAAAGUAUUUUGGCCCAGGCUUCAUGGGCUUGCAGGAGAAGAAGAUGGGCUCCUUAAACUACCAUUCCAUGUUCCCUUUCCAGUUUCUGCCCAACUUCCCACAUUCCUUGUACCCAUUCACAGACAGAGCACUCAAUCCUGGCAUGUUCUUCAAACCUGAGCCUAAGUCCCCUCGUGAGCACAUACAGAAAUUACCUACAGCCACUGGUGCGGAUUCACCUUUUGACCUAACCACCAAACCCAAGGAGAUCAAACCUCUUCCUCCGCCCCCCAGCAAGCCAGCCUUGCCAUCCAACACCCCCUUGACCCCUGGCGAGGAGCAACCUCUGGACCUCAGCAUAGGCAGUCGAAGCCGAGCUAACCAGAAUGGUGGCACACACGAACAGCGCAAGAAUCACGCCUAUGGCGCAAACUGCAAAGCAGCUAAAGAUGAACACCCAGCACUAAGUCAGUCCCAGAACUUGCACCAGCCCCAGAUGCCUCAGCCGCAAGCUUCCCUUCCCCAGCCACCUCCUCCCCAGCAGCAGCCGUCGCUCCACUACGCCAAGCCCUCGCCAUUCUUCAUGGACCCCAUCUACAGGUAUUUCAAUAACAGGGUGGAGAAGAGGAAGCUAAUAGACCCAGUAGGAGCUCUAAAGGAGAAGUACCUGAGGCCAGCACCACUACUCUUCCAUCCUCAGGUGUCUGCGAUGGAAAACAUGACUGAGAAGUUGGAAAGCUUUAGCGCUCUGAAACUGGAUGCUCCCAAUUCCCUCCAGCACUCCUCACACCACCUUUUUAACUUCCGCUCCCCGCCUCCCUCUCUCUCCGAUGCUAUCUUACGCAAAGGCAAGGAGCGAUACACCUGCAGGUACUGUGGGAAAAUCUUUCCCAGGUCAGCUAAUCUUACAAGGCACUUACGAACACACACAGGAGAACAACCCUACAGAUGUAAAUACUGUGACCGUUCAUUCAGCAUCUCCUCCAACCUCCAGCGACAUGUUCGUAACAUUCACAACAAGGAAAAGCCUUUCAAGUGCCACCUUUGCAAUCGCUGCUUCGGUCAACAGACCAAUCUGGACCGCCAUUUAAAGAAACAUGAACAUGAGAAUAUUCCAGUGAGUCAGCAGUCUGGGAUCCUCUCGAAUUUAGGAACAAAUAUUUCCUCACCGAACUCUGAGUCUGACAAUCAUGCACAUUUGGAUGAGAAGGAGGACUCGUAUUUCUCAGAGAUUAGGAACUUCAUCUCCAAUAGUGAGCUGAACCAGGCCUGUAGCUCCUCGGAGAAAAGGUCAGAGUUGACGGAGGAGGAACAGCCUCAGAGUCACGCUCACACCACCUCAAAACUGGAGGAGGAAGAUGAGGAGAUGGAGGGAGAUGAUGAAGACGAGGAAGGCUCGUUGACAGAAAAGUCACAGGACGAGACGGCCUCUCCCGCCACUAUGGUGCAGGGCACCUACGACGAGGACGAGGAGCCGACCCCUCUGCCUAUGUCUUACGAACACACGCGCAGGUGUAUUGAGGAGGAAGCAGGUCUAUUAGAUCUGGAACCUCUGGCUGGUUUCCCCAAAGGCCUGGAGUUCCAUAAGGCUGGCGAGGAGCCCUAUGACAUUAAAGACAUUUUUAGCACCUCGGUAGAGUCGGAGGCGCUGAAAGAAACACUUUUCAGACAGGCUAAAACACAGGCUUAUGCAAUGAUGCUCUCUCUGUCUGAGAACACCAAUCUGCAUUCAUCCUCCCAGAACUCCUUGGAUGCCUGGCUCAACAUGGGAGGAGGGCCGUCGGAGACGAGCUCCUUUCACCCCCUCAACAACAUCUGAGAACACCAACAAGACAAACGAGAGAUGGAGGGAGAAAAGAGGAGAGGGCAAGAGACCAACAUGAAGAGCUUGUGCAAUGCCACAGUAGACGAACCACCACUAUGCGUGCAAGGAGGAGAACGUACUGUUGAGUGAAACAGACACAGGAACCAAUCACAGAUGGGAGAGUUUUAAUACAUGGCAUAAAAACAAGAACUAAAUCACCGAAUCCCAGCCAUACAGCAUCGUUCCUGUCUGAAACUAGCCACUAUAGUCAAGUUCCCUCCUCAUUAGCUGAUUCAAGAGGGAGCGAUGCAUUCGAAUGACUCUCAAAUCACCUCUCCACCUCAUUUUCAAUGAUAUGCAUUUCACAGAGACUGCUCUCAAAGGGUUUUACCAUGUUCUCGGAGAAGCCCAGGAAGGCUUGAGUGGACAGGGUAGUUGAGUGUUUCUUCAACUGGAGAUUUGAACCGUUUCUACACAGCAUUCCAUUCUCAAGUUGAUUUUCUACAGCACUGUACCAAGGUUUCCUUUAUAUUAGCUCACAGCCGAAGUCUUACAGUAGAUCAUUACGGUAGACAUCAACAUUGAUUUCCAAUGGAAAUAGAAGCACUUAAGUCUAGCCCACAACUAGCAUGCUAACUUUCCCCUGAAGGCUGAAUGCAGUUUGUAAGCCACUGUCUCAAAAAGUAAAUGCUGGAAGUCACUGGGAAACCUUUGAGAUUUGUGUUCGGCUGCGCGAUCUUGUCUCGUCCCCAGCCGAACCUUCAUACGAUAAAUCACGCAGCACGGUUGUUCAUGUGUAUAGCAUCGCGGUCAUUGUAAUUAUUGUUGUUAUGGUAAGUAUCUUAGCUGUUUAGUCCCAACUGAAAGUUUGUUUUUAAGAGUUAAAUUAUUCUCCAGUGGGGCAAUUGGAAAACUUUUCUCUUUUUCUUGCAUUCAGUAAUAUUAUGGGGGUUUUUUUGUUUUGUUUUUUCUAUGUGAAAUGUUCUUCGGUAAACAGUAUUGUUUCUUUUUAAGCACAUCUGUGCUUAAAUGUUAAUAUAAGUCUUUAGUGAAGGACCAAAUUUGUACAAUAUUGUUGUAUGAUGUACAAACUAAGUUAACCAUUGGUAGCAGAGAGUGUUGUGUGCCAAAUAAUCCCCUUUUUUCUUUGACAAUCAUUUUCCCGAGUGGUCGCCUCCACUGUUGGUAGGUUUUUUUUUUGUUUUUUUUUCUUUUUCUUUUCCUGUUGUUGCUUCUUACAUUGAUGAGUGUUUGUCUUGUAUUUAUUUAGAAUUUUUUUUUUUUUUUUUGGAUUAAUGAAAAAUGAAGAAAAAAUUACUUACCCACUCAUUUGAAGGAAUGAAAUUACUGAAAUAUCAUGGAAAUUCAGAAUUGUUCAAGCUCUUCGUAGAGAAGCAAGUUGCCAAAAUCUGAAAUGCAAAAGAAUGCGUUUAUAUUAUGAGCACAUAAUUAUGAAGUCUGGUUUAUGAUGCAUCUGUUCAACCAUUUAGAAAAGUAGGCACUGCGUGAUUUAUUACAAAUAAAAAUAAAAAACAAAAUAUAUUUUAAAAAAAACAAAAAAAAACUUUUUGACUAAAAUAUCAGGUAACUCAAUAGAGGGGCAUUAUAUGUUGACAGUUUUACACAUUUUAAGCAUCUUCAUAAAGGAAAUGGGUCGACAGUGUAUCUCUGGGUUCAAAUCGCAUGUUUUCAAUGUUCCAUUUGUUUGGGAAGAGCCAUAUACAUCAGCCAGUCCUAAAUAUCAUAUCAAAUUCUACAUAAUUCAAAUACUUAAUAUUAUGCAUCCCAGAAGAGACACCAUAAGCACGAGGGCUAUAAAUGGAUCACGAUCAAAUGGUGAGCAGCUACACUUAACGUUCUCAAGAGCGUAGAGAGAUGCCCAAAUCCAUGAAUCCUCAUCCAACUCCUGAACUGUGAAGCCAGCGAAUGAAUCGUAAACAGCUGAAUGCAUAUCAUGAAUGUGUAGAGUAGAUUUAAUAUGUAGGUUAUGAGUCAAACUUACCUUCUCUCGGUUGAAUGUCUUUUUGGUCAGGAACUCAUACUCUCCUCACUUCUUUUUGGACUCUCUGAAAUCAGCACUUAAAUCCAACACAUACCCCCUGUCUGCCUAGUUCAUACUUUCCUUCACAUCUUAGUACUGAUUUUAAUGAAAUUUUCUAAGCAAGGCUGGUUUUAACAAGCACUUUAACUCUUGGUUCAUUUUUAUCAGAUGCUUUCAAAUGAAACAGCAAAACACAUUCAAACGUUAGCGUUAAAAGAACUUGUUGGUUUUGAACUUAUUUGAAAAUAUUGUGUUUUCACUGCGAACACAAACCAGGCAAGAUGGACUUGACUGGCCUUUCACAGGGAAUCCAUCUGCUUGAUAACGCUGCGUAAAAACUUGCAGCAGUGUCGUAUUUCAUUAUACUACCAGGUGGCGCACUGUGUAAUCUUACCUAUUUCAUACUGUAUCUCCUCACUAUAUCAUUUACUCAAACCCUUGAGUAAAAAGCCUGUUUGAUGCAUAGGAUUGCUGGGGAUGUCAUGGGAUUAUGAGUAUGGAAAAGUCAUGUCACAUACUACUGUACUUAGCAAGCGCUGUAGGUGAAGAAAUUGACCCACACUGUUAAAAUCAUUAUGGAAAAUGGUCAAAAAAUUAACAAUGCAGAUGUCCUUGGCCCACUGUUACAUUGCAAACAAACGUACCAUUUCAAAAACCAUAGAUAAUGUGGUUUCUCUAAAAAAAAAAGAAAAAAAAAAGUGUAUAGUAUUUCAAAAAAGUAAAAAAGAGACAUUGAUAUGUCUGAAAAUUAAUUUUAAACAUGGGUUUGAAAAUAGAUGGUGCUUGUUUCAUUUGGAUAUGAGUUGUAUAUUGCUUCUGUUAUGUUUAUUAAAAAUGUUGUGCAUGACUUGUGUUUUAGAGGUCAUAAUGGUGUCCAUUUGUGAAAUGUGUAUCUUAAAUUAAAAAGAAAAAAAAAACAAUAAAAAAUAAUGAACUUGUAGAUGCACUUAUUGUACAUGUGGUUAGGUUAGUAGGUUUGACUUUAAGUCCUGUUUACUGCCUUAAAUACUAUGGGCAGAUGGUUAUUGAACUGAACAAUAUGCUUGUGGCAGAGAAAUAAUGACAAAAUUUAAGGAUUGUAGAAUAAUACUGAAAUUCUGAAGUUCUUUUUGAUGCUUGUGAUUACUGAAGAUGUACUUUAGAGCAAUUUCAUGGAAAACACAUGAUUCUGAUGUUAAUUCUGUAGAAUAGAUAUGUAUACCAAAUGUAAUCUUUCCAAUGCUAUGAAGAAUUUAUACAUGAAAUUGAUAUGCAAUAAAAACCUGUGUGCUUUUUAUAUGAAUGCUGUUUUUUAA